UCUCUGUAGGAGGCUUUUAAUCUCAAAGUGGUUCGCUGAUCUGGGAGGUAAGAAGACGGAUCCGUGCUCUUAAUCUGAGGCUCUUGCACAGGUGUGCCUUCACUCAUCAAAAGUUCAGGGAAACGGGAGGCUGCAGGCUGCAGGAUGCUGUGGCUGCUGCUCUGUCUGCUUCCAGCAGCGGUCUGCAGCCGACUGGCCAUGCAGGACGUCGCCUAUGCAGAGACACACGGCCAUGAGGAGGUUGCCGUGACGACGAGGCCUCACAUCUACAACUGCCGUUCGCCAAACAUGGAGGACUUUAGCUGCUGGUGGCAUCCGCUGCACAACCUGACGGAUGGCGAGCAGGUCACCUAUGUCCUCACCUACUCCAAAGAUAAGGGGCCCAAACACGAGUGUCCAGACUACUUAAGCGCCGGCCCCAACAGCUGCCACUUCGACAAAAGCCACACGUCCAUAUGGAAGAUCUACUGUCUGAACGUGACCGCCGUCACCACCCAGGGGAACUACACCUCCCAGGAGCACUGUCUGGAUGUGGCAGAGAUAGUUCAGACAGAAGCUCCGGUGAAUCUGACCUACGUGCUGACGGACGCCGGUGGCGAUGAGAUGGGUCACAACGCUCUGCUGUCCUGGACCUACCCGGUGCCCUCUCACGUGCAGUACGGCUGGAUCACGCUGGUCUACGAGCUGCAGUACAGAUGGGUCACUGAGCCUGACAACUGGAAGGUGAAAUACCCACUGUGGGAGACUCACGUUGAGCUCCUCAGUCUGCCCAUCGGCGAGUUUGUGGUCCGAGUGCGCUGCCGCUCGCACAACUACGGCCUGUGGAGCGACUGGAGCGCCCCGCUACUGAUGAGCGUCCCCGGCAGGCCCCCCGCAGGUAAACUGGUGGUGCUGAUUCUGGUGACAGGCGUCGGCAUCGUGGCGCUGCUCGUUAUCGCCUUUGGUGUCGUUCCACAGAGCAAGAGAAUAAAAGAUUUCUUCCUGCCUCCAAUUCCAAAGCCGCGGAUCAUCGGCAUCGACCCACUGCUGCUGAAGAAGGGGAACCUGGAGGAGAUAAACCGCCACUUCAGUGACCUCCACAGCUACCGCCCUCCGAGCUACAGCGAGGAGGUUUGGGACCACGUGAGUGCCAGCGGCGUGUAUCUGAGCACACCUAAGGAUGUGAGCGGCGUUGCUGCAGACCCGGCGGACCUGCAGAAGGACGCCCUGAUGGUUCCGUGUGACGUGGCGCCCGUUGCCGGCCAACACCAGCUCACGGGUCCGGCGUCAUACCUGCAGACGCCGUACUGCUCCUCGCCACCCGAUGCCUUUGCCCCCCUACUGGACCUCCCGUCCUUUUGGCCGCGGCCGGAGAUCGUGUCCCUGCCGGGGACAGAGUACAGCGUGAUGGGACGUCCCGAGUCCGCCCCCACUCCCACCACUACCAACCGCUCGCCGCAGGAUUUCUACACCUGCGUGCAUCUCAUGAAUGAGACCGGCGAGGUGCACCUGGUGCCGUGUUUGCCGCCGCCAGCGUACUGCCGCGAGUUUCCACCUCUGGCAGCGGAGAAGAAGAAGCUGGCUGAGCGACUCGCGUGGACAGACAUGGGGAAGGAUGGUGGCGAGGCAGAGAGGAGCGAGGCGGCGGUCCCUCUGCUGCCCGCCGCCGUGGACAACACAGGCUGAUGCAGAGAAAAAACAAAUACACUGUCCAAACUGUGAGAGAAGAGAAAGGAAGUGCAGCUGACGCACACCGAGCUUCUCUCGUGUCUGAAAGAAGCUCCGCUUUCUUUCCCGGAGCCACAAGAGACGAUUUCUGGGUAAUGAAGUCCGACAUGAAGUCGCCUCUUGCAGCUUUUAAUCCCUUUUCAUUCUGCCUGUAAAUAGCACUUAAAAUGUUUACCACGUUGGUGUCAUUUCUGUCAGCACCACCUCACCUAUAUGACCUGAUAUGUGAUUUUAUUAUGUUUUUAUUUUCUGAACACAACCAUGCUCAAAGAAUAAUUGUAAAUGUUGGUUACAAACAUAACCUAUAAGAGGUAAAAUCAAGAGAACAUCUAGGUCUU